CCGAUUUCAUUAAACACACAAUGACUGGCCCAGUCUGAUUUUGCGCCAUGGCAUGUGGUGGUAUUCACCUGAUGAACAGUCUGGAUUUCACACAUGCUGCAUGGGCAGUUGGUGGAAGCUGUAUGCGGUGCACCGCAAUGUUGUGUGACAUCCACUCCGUCCAUCAAUUUUGCCAGCUCAUGUUAUGGCAUUAGCCCAAAAACGAGGUAGAUCCAUAACUCAAGUGGGCCACACAACAAGAAACAGAGGGUAUGGAAAAUCCCACCGUUGAAACCUUCGUGGGACCCACCUUGGUGUUUAUAUGCCAUCCAAACGGUGCAUAAGGUUGUUUCGACUGUGAUGAACUGAAAACACAAAUAUUAGCCUGAUACAAAAUCUUCUAUAGCACCAGGAAGGUUUCAACGGUGAGAGUUCAAUCCCCACAGUUUCCUAUGGCGCACCCACUUGAAUUUUAGAUCUGCCUCAUUUUUGGGCUCAUAUGCCCUAACAUGUGCAUGCGGAACUGACGGACUGAGUGGAUACCACACGGACAUCUGGGUGGGCCCCAGAUACCUACCACCUACAGGAACUUCCUCCGAGGGAGAGUAAGAUUGGAGAUCAUACUCUCAGGAGUAGCCUGCGAAGGUACCAUCUCUAGUAGCCAACGGUCACAUGAGCUUCAAAACUCCAGACCGUGAAAACAUUAAAACCAAAACUGCACUCUCACUCGCUAUCUCUACAUAUCCCGCGCCUGUUCAAUCCCACCAUCUUUCAACACACACCUAAAAACUCCUUAAAACUCCUUUCUCUUCUCCUCUUCCAAUCUUCUCAUCUAAAACCCAUAUGGAAAAUAGCACAAAACCUCCAUUCAAGCCAUGGAAGAAGGGCCCACCAAGAGGCAAAGGUGGCCCACAAAAUGCCUCUUGCGAAUACCGUGGCGUCAGGCAGAGGACAUGGGGCAAGUGGGUGGCUGAGAUUAGAGAGCCCAAGAAGAGAAAAAGGCUCUGGUUGGGUUCUUACGCCACGGCCAAGGAAGCCGCCAUGGCCUAUGAUGAUGCUGCGAUAAGGUUGUAUGGACCAGAUGCCUAUCUCAAUCUACCCCACCUCCGAUCCACCUUCCAGUCUAUGAACAAGCCUCAGAAAUUCAAGUGGUUUCCUUCCCAGAACUUCAUUUCCAUGUUCCCUUCAUGUGGCCUGCUUAACUUGAAUGCCCAACCCAGUGUCCAUGUAAUUCAUCAAAAGCUCCAAGAAAUGAAGAAAAAUGCCGUUCUCAAUCGAUCUUCCACGUCUUACCAUGAUUCAGAAUCUCAUUUUCUCGGGAUGGGUUCGAAAACCCACUUCAAAAAUCCAGUAAUGAAAGCAGAAGAGGUGGAUUUUUCCACUGAAAAGCUUUCAGGGACUCCGGAAGAGAGGCCUCAUAUUGAUGUAAAGGAGUUCCUGCAGCAGUUGGGUUUACUGAAAGAAGUGAAUGUAUCACAAGGCAGCGAUGCAUCAUUGCCAGAAUCUUUCUGGGAGAAUGAUGGCCUGACCACAGAGAUGGAAGGUUUCGAUCCGCAGAGUUUUGAUUGGGAUGCAUUGGAUAUCUGGGGCCCACCGGAUCGGGAGGGAGCUGAAUCCAGUGGCUUGCAGGUUGAUGAUACAAAUGAAGAUUUGAGUUUGCCUGCUUCUCUUUGGGAUCUCUGAAAUGUCAGUUAUUUUUGUUAGAUUGCAAAUCAACUGCAGUGGAAAUGUCUGGGCUUUCAUGUUAGUAGGAUUUCCCAUUUUUGUUUUGCAAGAUCAUGCAAGAAAUGUAUCACAUUUUCCAUGACAGAACGCUGAAAGUGAUCCCAGAGAUUGAUUUGUUA